CAUCAUCUGGCUGUCUGGCACCAUCAAAGAAUUACAUUUCUGACCCAACAAGAGCUCGUGGGUGGAGGGGGGAGAGAGAGUUCGGGGAGAGGAUGGAUGCCAGUCAGCUGCCUCACGGGGAAGUGGCAACACGUGGCCAUGCCAUUAGCGUCCUGUUUGGCUUCUGUGUGAGUUUCAUCUGUGACACCUACAUAGCCCUCACUUGGAACUGCAGUCCUGGUGCCCGUGCCUCUUCUGAUGAGCCACCCACCAGAAUACAGCAGAACAGAAGGCAAGGACAUGCAAAAGAGGACUCAAGUCAGGUGCCAGAAGCAG